UAAGCAAAAUGGAGGAGGAAAUAAUUUUCCAGGUGUCCAGCUAUCCAUGUUUAUACGACCUCACUGCGAACAGUUAUCGAAAUCUCGAGGCCAAAAAUGCCGCCUGGAGGAAGGUAGCAUCAGCGGUAACACUGCCAGAAGCAGAAUGUAGGAAAAAGUGGCGAACUCUGAGAGACGGGUAUAUGAGAGAGAAGAGGCGGCAGAAGAAGGUGAAACAGAGGAGCGGAGCAGCAUCCACGAACCGGCGAUCCUGGAAAUAUAGCCAUGCCAUGGCAUUUCUCGACCCGUAUUUUAAACCUAGGGCCACGUCGACAAUCCAAUGGUUAACGAGCAGGGAGAGCGAAAUAGAGACAACUAGGGACGCGUCUCCUCAACGGUCAGAUGGCUCUUAUGCUAGCCAGACGGAAGAGUCCGAACAGGACAUUGAGUUUAAGCAGGAGGAUGCGCCGGAGAUGGAAAUCGCCAACCCCUCCGGAAGGUUUCAAGCAGCCCUGUCUUCGGAUGACGAGUUCACCAAAUCCCAUCAGAAGCACACCCGGCAACACGAAGCCAGAACUCUCAACUUGUCCGAGUUCGAGAAUCGGCUAAUUGCAGCCCUGGAGCAAGAGAGUCAGCGUCCGGCCGGCCGGCCCGCCCCCGCGGCACCCUCGAUACUGCAACUCGCACCAGCGCCACAAGACGAAGACGAGGACAGUCUGUUCGCGAGGGGUUUGGUCCCUUGUUUGCGCCGACUGCCCCGCCAGAAAAACGCCGAAGUCAAGAUUAAAAUACAACAACUGCUCUAUGACGCAGAGUUCAGCUGAAGGUCCCUGAUGCCCUGUGAUCGAUGCUCUGCGUAUACUAUGUUCAUCCAUUUCAGUAGUAAGGAAGCUCACGACGCGAUGUGGGAAAUAGGAAGAAAUUUAGAGUUUGUAGUGAAGAAGGUGCAAGAAGCUAUUCCUAAAGUUGAAGAUUGGUCAUUGAAGUGGGGUUUUAAAUUUUCAGUAGAGAAAACAAAAUCACUAUUCUUUACAAGGAAGAAGAUAGGCAAUGGCAGCUAUAUAUAUAAGUUUAAUCAGAUCUGUUUUUGAUUAUGGGUGUGUCGUAUAUGCAUCUGCAGCAGACAGUUUGUUAAAGAAAUUGGAGGUAAUACAAUAUCAGGCAUUAAGAUUAUGUUGUGGACCAAUUAAAACAACCCCAGUAGCAGCAUUGCAAGUGGAGAUGGGAGAAGCACCACUGAAUCUAAGAACGCAAGAACUUUAUUUAAAUUAUUGGGUAAAUUUACAAGGUCAUAGCAAUCGGCAUCCAACUCAAGAGUACACUAGAGCCUUGUUGGGAAAAAGAAAAGAAAGAUAAAGAGCUUUGGGUGGGUCAUUGAUCAAAAAAGAAGAGAAAUAGGGAUUAGGGAGAAGAAGAUAAAUCCAACCGUUCCUUUUCCAGCAGUUCCCCCAUGGUUUGUUCUGGAGAUUAUGGCUUUUAGAGAGAAUAAGAGGAAAAGAUUUGAACAGUAGUGCACAUUUAGUAAACUCUUAGGAAACAUAGGAAAUAAGUAUUAUGGAUUUGUAUAAAUAUACACAGACGCGUCAAAAACCAGCAAUAAUAGGGUUGGAGUUUCAUUUGUUGUGCCAGCAUUUAAAAUAGUAUAAAAGAAAAGAUUAAUUGAUAAUCUUUUUGUGUAUACAGGGGAGAUAAUUGCCAUUUUACUGGCUUUGCAGUGGGUGGAGGAAGUAAGACCACUCGGAGCAAUUAUAUGUUCAGAUUCCAGUGCAGCAUUAACAAGUAUAAGAAACAACUAUUGAUCAAAGAGUUGAGAGAAGGGAGUAGAAUGGGAUUUGGCAGAAGUGUUGCAGGGAGAUUCAGGUGGCGGGUGUUUUUUUUACUUGUGUUUCGGUUCUUGAGAAGAACAGGGUUGCUAAAUAGGAUUUAGUAUUAUUAUUAUUUUUAUUUAUUUUAUUUAUUUUCCAAGAUAUGAGGAAAUAGAAUCCUGAUCCACACUCCUAUCCAGUGGGUGGCGGUAAUGCACCAAAAAGAUGGAUGCCAACCACCGUAAAACCUCUCUAAGAAGAAGAAGGAAGCUCAUGAUGUGUUCCUGCUCUUCUGCAUAGGAUGUUGUGAAGUCCAGUCGAAGUUCUUGGUCAAAGGAGACAAUGGAGCGACACACACAGCACAAGCAAACUUCCACGCAAAAAAAAUACAUGUAUAUAAAGUUUGGUUUUGAUA